AUGUGUUGUUCAUCGCCUGUUUUGUUUGUCACACAAAUAGCCGUCUCCUGUGACCAGACGUUUGACAGUCGCUUAUCAAGGAAUGGCACCUUCACAUCACCCAACUUUCCCGAUCCAUAUCCGGCUAACGUUCACUGCAAAUAUCAUUUCAAUGGUCAGGGAAAGGAAAGGGUCCAAAUCCUGUUCACCGAUUUCGACCUCUACAGACCCGACGACACCAGUAGAGAUUGCGAUGCGGCGGACAUAGUAAUGGUGUUCAUCACAAUCAACGGCCAAAAGGAAAGAGUGGAUAAUUUUUGCGGUAAUGAUUUGCCGCCGCAAUUGAUGUCAAACGGACCGUCCCUUAGCGCCGAGUUUAAGAGUAUGCAUUCGACGGACUAUGUAAAGGGAUUUAGAGCCAUAUAUCGAUUCGUUACAACCAUCGAUUCGUGUUUUGUUGGCUAA